UAGGUCAGUCUCCUAAAUCCAGAGCAUUCGAAAAUCUCAGAGACUCCAACAAGAAACCGCGCGUGGGCGAAGCAGCGCGUACAUGGUGGAAGCCUCAGCCCGCGCCAGCUCAGCCUUCGCUAAAGUCGAAAAUUUCCUAUCCGGGCCCGCUCAUGACUUCAAACACAAGAUCAAGUGCAAAUGUUCCGGUCGAGUGUGGCGGAGUAGGUGGACCUGUGGCUGCCGAUUGCCUACCUACUCCACUGCAAAAUACAACUGAUGCAAAAAAGGAGAGACAUGCACCGCCCUUGAAUCUCCGUGUUCCGGUGCCUAUUGCUAGCCGUCUGAAGGGUGAAAUUGACAUGAAGGGUAAAGCGCCUUUGCGAGACCACACCCCACCGACAUACUGGCGCGACAUGGUUCUAGGCUCUGCAUACGAGGCUGGCAAGUCGUUCAAGCAGAGUGCCAUGGGAAAGCUGGACGGCGUGUAUGCGGGGAAAAGACGAAAGAGCUCGGGCGCAAGCUUUGGGUGCCAGGGUGUAGCGAGUGAGCGGCUGGAUAGAUUCCAGGUGAGUGAGGGCGGGGUGUCCGAUCAGAUCCGCGGCGGUAUCGACGAUAAGAAUCUGAUGCCUGAACCUUUGUUUGCUGACAGGGACUCGAAAUUUUACCAGGCCUAUUUCGAGGCGCUGGAUGACUACUGAGGUUCCGUCAUCAGAACCAGCGCAUCGUGUUCCUUUCUAUUUUCAUUAUCAGUCUUGCAACUCCCACUCGUCUUUAUUGGUUGCUGCAGGAUACGUUGGUACCGCCAUUUGGAUGGAUAUUAAAAAUACCAUUGUUCUGGCGACGGCACAGCAUUGGCAAUGGUUAGUUGGGCGCCCAAGUGUCGUACGACCAUGGAUUUUAGGCAGCUCGACGAGGAAAAAUCUGCCGCGUCAAAAAUACGGACGCCUCUUGCCUGCAUGAGCAAUAUCGAAUUGACCAGGAAGAAGUAGGAUUUGAGGUAAAACAUCCAGUGCAAAGGAAGCGAGGCUGAAAGAGGGUAAAUUUGUUUCGAAACAGGCUGCGUAGCCGUCGUCUCCGGGGGAUCAGCUCUGCAUGUAAAAGACAACG